AUGUCUCAAUGCCCAACUGCCAGCGCCACUCCCUCCACAGUCUUGGAUUCACAGCCUUCAGGGCUGUUGGAUGCCACCCCCUAUGUUUCCCAGAUUGCAUCUACUGUGUGGCAGAGUCAAGAGCUGCCUCUGUCACAGCUCACUCCCAGGACUCUCAAAAGAAGGUUGGAUCUGGACUCCCAAGAAGAAGGAUCACAGAUAUCCUGCGUGCUUCCCCCCUUGUCCAGGCGUUGGUUAGCAGUGCUCAGCAACAGGGAAGACUUAGAAAAUGGAGGAAGCUCCAUUGUCCCAUCCAUGGUGUCACAACUCAGCUCGGACCUAUGGUUCAAGGGGCUUAAAGUCCGUGGCACUAUCACCAAUGGACUAGGAGACAAAGAGGGGCGACUAGGGCCCAGGGGUUAUGGAUAUGGGUAG